UUCCUGUCCUAGUACUGGCAUCAUCUACACUAAAGGUACCGGGCUACUUAAGGUUUUACAUCAGUUCUGUCUACUCUCGUCUACCCUGUCGGCAAUCCUUCGCAUGUUACAAACAAGAGGAGUUUCACCACGCCAAUGAGCAACUCCACCGAGGCUGCCAAGGAAACCAACAAGCCGUCUCAGAAGAACGACGAUGACAUUCGAUACAUCUGCUAUGGCGAGGAGAAGGAGUCCCCUUGGUUACCUGCUAUCAAGCAGCUGAUCUCCAAAGAUCUGUCGGAGCCAUAUAGCAUCUAUGUGUAUCGAUAUUUCCUCUAUCAAUGGGGCAAAUUAUGCUUCAUGGCCAUCAAUUCCAAAGAUGAACUGGUCGGAGUCAUAGUCUGCAAGCUCGAGCCUCAUCGAGGAGGUCCGAUGCGAGGCUACAUCGCCAUGCUUGCCACCAGAGAAGAUCAACGAGGCAAAGGCAUCGCGAGCAAACUCGUGCGUAUGGCGUGUGACGAGAUGAUUGCAGAGGAUGCAGAUGAGAUUGCUCUCGAAACAGAAGACGACAACAUCCCCUCCCUUCGCAUUUACGAGAAAUUGGGCUUCAUCCGAAGCAAACGACUACAUCGAUACUACCUGAAUGGAAACACAGCCUACAGACUGCUAUUAUAUCUCAAAAGUGGCAUUCCCAAUCGUCCAACAUUUCCGCCUGAAUACCCACCACUAGGACCUGGAGAAGCGGGAUAUCCAGUUCCUGAUGAUCCGAGAGCGGCCCUUAUGAAUGAGGAUCUCAUCGAGAGGCAGGUUGCGCAGCUGCGUAUCGCAGAUGUGUACGACGAGAGACAUGAUGUGAGAGGUGGUGGUACGUGAGAUUUAGCAGGC